AUGAUGAAACCAUACACCUUAGAUACAGGUUACCCAGUGUAUGGCGCAAAGUUCAUAACGAAACGUACUCUCCUCACCGCUGGUGGUGGAGGUGAGGGAAACAACGGGAUCCCCAAUAAACUGAGUGGAUUCAGGAUUGACUUUACGAAAGUGAAAGCCGUGCAGAAGUUCAGAGAAUUGACUUUGUCUGCCAAUGAAGACUGCCCUAUGAGUCUUGAUGCAGCCAACAAUGUCAUUCUCCUCGGAGUCAAUGAGAACACCUCAUCCAUUAAACAGGGAAAGAAUAAUCAUCUGCGAAAGUUUGGUUAUAUUAACCACCAUCUGAAAUAUCUGGACAAACAGCAAUUGUCCAAUAGCAGAGAUAAUAGAGAUUACCAAAAGUUCACUCAUUUGUCAUCUGAUGCUUCAGUUGCUUGUAUUGCCACCUCAAAGGUUCCUACCACUAUUUAUGUGGUUGAUCCUCAAACCCUGGAAAAGAAAUUUGACUUGGAAACUGGGGUUGACGUUAAAGAUAUGCAUAUUUCACCUGAUGGUAAAAUUGUAUGUUAUGUUUGUGCUAACUCCCUUCAUGGAUAUUCGACUGUGACUGCCAAGUUGCUUUUCAAGGACGAUUCGUUCAAGAACCAUACUCUGAUGAAAGUGAAGUUUUUAGACCAGCAUCAUUUGCUGAUUGUUGGCAGCCAAAAGCAAGGCAUCAGCCUAAUUCAUUAUUCACUAGCUAAAAAUUCUAUUGUCAAUUCAAGAGUCAUUUCCAAGAAACUCAAAGGUGUAACUUCCCUGGAUACUAGGAAUGGCGUCAUUGCUUUAAGUGGAAACGACAACUCCCUGCUUCUUAUCAAAGUUUCCAACUUGAAACCCAUUAAGCAGUUCAAUAAGAUCCACAAGUUUUCAAUUACUUCUUGUUGUUUCAACAAGACCGGAGACCUUUUGGCUACUGUAUCUGCUGCCAACACCGUUAGUGUGAUGGAAAUACCCAAAGGAUUGGCAACCAAGAAGUCACUACCCAGAAAAAUAUUUAACUACUUCAUUUUGACUGUAUUCAUGGCAAUUCUUGCUAUUGUUUUACAAUGGUCUAUAGAGAAUGGACAUUUGCAACAUGCCUGGCAGAAGCUUUUGAACGGGGAUGUCAUUGAUUCCAGCAGAUACUUUAAGGUAGAAAGCAUUCCUGAUGAAGAACUUUCUGCUAGUUUAUUGGAAUCUUCCUAUUCUGGUCUCUCCUCCGAGACCAAGUCAGUAACUGAUGCUAUCUCCGCUUCGGUGCCAAUUAUUGAAACUACAGUAGACACCACUACUACUUCGAACUCGGUCCGUCGAACUAUUCCUGAAGGAUAUUCUACUGCUAAGGAGUUCCAGCCUGAUAAAAUAAAGCUUUAUAAGUCAAGUUUGGACUCUGAUCCCUCAGCCGAUUCAACUGGCUCUUUCACUGUUUCAAUCACAGAGACUCAGAGUUCAUCUAUAAAGCCUCAAAAGUCUAAGAAGACCAAGAAGCUUAAGAAGAAAACUUCAUCAACUGCAACUCCAGGAUCUUCUACUGCACUAGUUGAAACUUUAAUUGUGUCCACUUCUCCUCAGUCUGUUGACACGUCACUCAGCGUAACUUCACCGGUGGCAUCUUCUACUGCUCAAGACAGUUACUUGACUAGUAGUGCCCAUUCCGCUUUGACUACAAAAGGAGCAAAAAAAUUGAAAAAGAAGAGGAAGAUAAAGACAAAAACGGUAAAAACAACAAAAACUACCGAAACGGAGACGGAAACAGAAACAAUAGUUCAAGAUGACUUGGCCGAUAUCACAAUAUCUAGCGAUAUUGUUUCUGACAUUUCCUCCGAAGUUAGUAAUUCUGAAACGGUAGUACAAGAGGGUUUGCCAACGGAAGUUAUCGAGUCACUUUUAAAUAAAGACCCAACUGUGGAUGAGCCUAUAGCUGAAGAGUCUGCUAUCAUUGAUUUACCCCUUGGGAAACCAGUGACGGAAAAACUGACUUUGGAUACGCAAGAGGCCAUCGAAUCGUCAGUUGACGAACCAGCCAUCGGAAUUGACAUCGAGGAUGCUAUAGUGGCCGACGAGAAGGAAGAACCUCUUACCGCUGAUGAUGCAGUACUCGAUGGUGAAGAAAGAGAAAUUGAGGAUCCUGAUGAAAUUCCCUCGGAAGUUCUUACGGAUGUAGCUGACUCACCUGAGGAAUAUCAAGAUGACAUUAAUAUUAAUAACAGCCAAGAAGCUACGAGCACACACGAUUCAAACGUUUCAGAGGAAACAGCCGCGCCCGUCGAAGAAACCCAGGAAAGUGUGGGCACUGAUGAUCAGGCAGAACCUGAGAAGUUUGACGAGGAAGAAAAGACCGAAAACGAACACCAGUACGAAAAGGAUGACCACUCAGAAUUGGCUGAAGAAACACAAGAAUCUCACGAUGACCAGGUUGAUGAAGUAGAAGAGGUGCUUGAGGAAGUAAAAGACUUCCUAGGGGAGACUAAAGACGUUCUUGAGGAAGCCAAGUUUGUACUUGAAGAAGCUCAGGAAGGUGCUGAAGUGUCUGACAAAACCGAAUUGACAGAGCAGGAUGAGACGGAAAAGUUUAUAGAGUCAUCUGAUGCGCUCAGAAGCUCCGUUGGGACUGUAGAGGCUACUGAGCAGACCACAGCUACAUCUGUUGAUCCAAACACUGAGAUUGACACGAAAACGACUUCAGAAGCAGUUAUUGAAUCGAACACUCCAGUUGAAAACGAGGAGUCAACAGUCGAAGAUCGUGAAAUAAACUCGAGCAUUGAUGAAAUAGCUGAAAAGUCCAUCAGCCAAGAGGAGAUUGUUUCAAAGUUGGAAGACUCGUCCUCAGAAAACAACGAGGGUGAGCGUGAGGAAGAAGAAAUUGAAGAAUCCGAAGAUGAGAAAGCUGGAGACAUUGAAGAAGAAGAAGAAGAGUACGAGGAUGAUGAUGAUGAAUACGAAAACGUAGGCACAGAGGAAGAAAAAGACGAAGAAGAGGUGCAAGGAGACCAUGAAGAGCAGGAAGACGAGGAGGAGGUAGAUGAUGAAGAAGAGGAAGAUGAUGAUGAAGACGAGGAAGACGAAGAUGAAGACGAAGAUGAAGAGGGAGAAAAUAUCAAUCAUGAUGAACUUUAA